GCCUUGGAGACCGGAAAGUAUUCGGAUUUGACUUUAAGCUGCCAAGGCGAAGAAUUUACCGUCCAUAGUAUGGUUUUAUGCAACCAAUCCGGAUUCUUCGAAAAGGCCCUUAGCGGCCAGUUCCAGGAGUCGCAAUCCAGAGUAAUCAAUCUUCCCGAGGAUGAUCCGGACAUUGUGAAGAAAAUGCUCGAUUUCUGCUAUCGGGGAGACUAUCUUGACAACCUCGAAGACGGGACCGCAGAGAAUGCAGCUUCUACGUCUUGUGCCCCGUGUGAAGAAAGUUCUUUGACAGGGGUAUCUUUGGCACCAGAGACGAUCAAUAUCCACGUUUAUUUGAUUGCAGAUAAGUAUCUGAUCGAUCGCUUGACGGUAGUGUCUCAACAAAAGCUCCAAGCAAACCUGAGUGAUAAUUGGAAUGAUCUGCAUUUUAUCGGUCUUCUCGAAAUCGUUUACGGGAACCAAUUCCCACCACACUCGCAGCUUAAGGAAUUGCUCCCUGAAUAUGCCAUUGAGCACCUUCCGACACUCGAGAAAUAUCCAAAAUUUGUGGAGUUUCGUAAUUGCUCCUCAGAAUUCGCUGCUCUGUUGUUGAAUCUGCUUAUCCAGAAACAAAUUCAGAGAGCCUGGUAG